AUGGAUGAGAAAAAAGUAAAAUUAUGGUUUAAAUUGUCUAUUUUUAUACAAUUGAUAUUAUUCAUACAAAAAUUAAUUUCUGUGAUUUUAAUUACAGUUUCCUUAUUUGUUUUCUAUUCCUGAAUCACUAUUUUCUCAAGAUGCAAUUACUAAAAUUUCUAUUUCAAAAGCACCUUUGCAAAUGAAGAAAGAUGAUGUAGUUAUUGAAAAUGAUGAUACAGAUCUAUUAUUACAUACUGAUAUGAGCUGGGAAUCUAUAGAAGAUGAAUAUUUGGAACUUGUAUCUGAUGAUUCCACAUCAGCUAUUUCACAUUCAUCUUCUUCUAAUUCCAAUCUUUCAUUUUUAUUGCUUGAUCAAAUACCACUUUUGAUAGAUCAAAAAAAGAUAGAGUGCGUAACUGAAAGUAAUUGGAGUAGUAAUGCUUUAGAUAUUAAUUUAUGGAAGGAUAAUAAAGCACCUGUUGUGAAAUUAAGAAAUCUUAAGGAAAUAAUAUAUGAUGAUUUAGAAUUUUGUGGGUUUUUUACUGACAGACUAAUAGGAGUUGGAAAAUCAUUUUUAACCAAAUCUCUUGAAACUAAUCUUUAUAUAUUAAGUAAAUGUAUUAUGAGAAACAUGUCACUCUCAAAUAUUACAAUGUUAAGUUACCAUCAUUACUUACAAUAUAUUGAUCUUGCAUACAAUUAUAUUUCAAAUUUAUCACCUUUGAGUGAGGUUCCUUAUUUAAUAUACUUAAAUGUAGCACAUAAUAGAAUGAAUAUUAUUUUAAAUUUUUCACCUCCUUGGUACUUGACAUAUGUAAAUUUAUCAUAUAAUUACAUAUCCAAAAUGUGCGACAUUAGUGAUUUCUGGAGUAUUACUCACUUGGAUUUAUCACAUAAUGCAAUUGAAACCAUUACUGGUUUACAAAAUUUGAAAUAUUUGAGAUAUUUAAAUUUAUCAUACAAUUUGAUUGAAUACAUUGAAAAUUUGGAUAGAUUAAACAUUCAAGAAUUAAAUUUAGAGGGUAAUUGUAUACUGUCAUACAAAUCUGCUAUACCUGGUUACGGCAUAAGUACUUUAUCAGAUUUGCGAAAAUUAUAUUUGGGAUAUAAUAAAUUAUCUACUUUAGAAUUUUUUAAGGAUGCAUAUAGUUUACGUGUGAUAGAUUUAAAGUUUAAUAGGAUCAAUGAUUUAUUAGAAUUAUUAAAUCUUACUGGUUUAAUACAAGAAGUAGAUCUUAGAGGCAAUGGUUGUACAAAAUGGCCUAAUUAUAAAGCUGCACUUUUAUUUUCUAUACCAAGUAUACAGAUCAUUGAUGGUGCUACUGUAUCUACUUCAGAAAAGAUUGCUGCUGUUACUUUAUUUGCACCACCAGUAAAUUUAACAGCUGCUCGUACUAUCACAAAACUAACUUUAUUAGAGCAAUUAAGCACUCCCAAAAUUGAUUUUCAUGUAACACCAUAUGAUGAAGUGAGCCCACCUAUGAUAAUACUUACAGGUCCAAGUGCAGUAAAAAAAUUAUCUUUGGCCUUCUAUACUGCCAAAACAUUAUCAAAAAAUGUCAAAUAUUGUCGGUGGUAUAAAACAAAAAAGGCAGAAGAUCAUGAGACUGAAAAUCAAUUUUACAUUUUUGUAAACAGGGAAGAAUUUAAUGAUAUGUCUCGUCGUGGAGAAUUUUUAGCAAUUCAAGAAAAACUAGGAAAUAGUUAUGGAUUUCAUCACAAUCAAAUUACUUCUUUAAAGUCAGAAAAUAAAAUUGGAAUAACACAAAUGGAUUUACAUGCAACCAUUCAAAUGUGUAACCGAUAUUCCAACAGUAAAGCAGUUCUUGUAAUCACAAAAGAUGAAGAAAUUCAUCGUGAAUGGAUACAAGAAAAAUUCUAUGUUUAUAUAUAUACCAAAGAUAAUGAAAAAAAUUUAUUAUCUGAAGAAAGUCCAACAACAAAAAGUGAUAUAAAUUUUAUUAAAGAAAUUUUGAAUAAUGUACGAAUUAUAGAAAAUCUUAAAUUAUUUUCAAAAACUGUAUUUGAUAAAACUACCAAUAUUACAUUAAACAAUGCAACAUUAUUUGAUGAUAUAAUAGAACAAGAUAUAACAGAAACAUCACCUCAUAUUAAAUUUCAAGAACAAGAAAUUGAUUCAUAUUUUGAUGUAUUAGAUGAACAUAAAGAACUACGAGUAAUUUUAGAUGAGCAGGCAAAUGUUAUAGUGGAGGAUAAACAAUUAAAACGUAAAAGAUAUCAAGCAAAACUUCUACAACGUCGUGAUACAUUAAUUCGAAGAAAAGUAGAUUCAACUACAGAAGAACUUAGUGAAUCCGUGUCUAGUGAAGAAAAGUUAACAAAAAAAUUGCCAGAAUCGGAAAAAGAUAUGAAAGACUUCUACGCUGAUUUGAUAUUAAAAUCAAGAAAAAUAUACUUAGAUCAACACAUAAAUAAGCCUGGAUUUUUUUCUUUAGUGCUAUUAUCAGAUGAUUAUUUUAAAGCAUUUAAUAAAUUAAUUAAUUUUAUUUAUGAAUUAUAUACAAAUUAUUCUUUUCAAGAACCUAAAUUUUUAUCUGAACUUAAUCAUUUUGCAAAGAUUGCUAUACCAGCAAUGGUCGAUCCUAUUAUUAAUGAGAUGAAACAAUCAUUAUCAACAUCCAUGUUAGAAAGGAAAACUUUGUUAAAAAUGUAUGGUGUUACUUCAUGGAAAGAUUUAAUGCCUAGUCAAAUAACGGAAGAUUCAGUUAAUAUUGUUGAUUAA